UAGAUUAUACUUUUGAGUGACGUUGCAUUCGUGUUCAGGUCAACUCUCAAGUAAAACAGUCGCGCCCUUGUAACCUUUCUUCAUACGCGUGCGGAGGUGCUAAGAUGCUCAAUUUUGAAGACGUUGAAGAGCGGGACGGUGUUCGUCUUUCGUGGAAUGUUUGGCCUUCUUCUCGGAUAGAGGCGACGCGAACUGUGGUCCCGAUAUCGGCGCUGUACACUCCCUUGAAGCAGCGAGAAGAUCUUCCUCCCGUCUUAUACGAACCCGUGACGUGUAAACCUCCUUGUCGUGCUAUUCUCAAUCCAUAUUGUCAAAUUGAUAUCAGAGGGAAACUGUGGAUCUGUCCGUUCUGCUUGACUCGCAAUGCUUUCCCGCCCCAUUAUAAAGACAUCUCUAACACCAAUUUACCCGCUGAACUGCUUCCAAAGUACACGACAAUUGAGUACACGCUAUCUCGUCCUGCUCAAGUUCCUCCUGUCUUCCUGUUUGUCGUCGAUACCUGUCUAGAUGCCGAAGACCUCAAAGCACUCCGCGACACGCUUAUCGUCAGUCUCAGCUUGAUCCCACCAUAUGCUUUAGUUGGUCUCAUCACCUUCGGCACGAUGACUCAAGUUCAUGAAUUGGGCUACGCCGAGUGCAGCAAGUCAUAUGUCUUCCGUGGCGGCAAGGAGUACUCGCAGAAACAAAUCCAGGACAUGCUCGGACUCAGUACCACAACUCGCGCCGCACCCCGCGCCGGCCAACCCAUGCCCCAACAGGCAUUCGGAGCCGCCCGAUUCUUACUUCCUGUCCAACAAUGUGAAUUCCAGCUCACUGGUAUCUUGGAGGCACUUGCUCGUGAUCCUUGGCCCGUUGCCAAUGACAAGCGCGCUUUACGCUGCACUGGCGUGGCCGUCAGUGUUGCUGUUGGACUCUUGGAGACAACUUUCCCUAACACGGGCGCCCGUAUAAUGAUUUUUGCGGGUGGACCUGCGACUGAGGGUCCAGGAAUGGUUGUCAGCAACGAGCUCAAGGAGCCCAUUCGGUCUCAUCACGACAUCGAACGAGACAGCGUUAAACACUACAAACGCGCCGUAAAGUUCUAUGAAGGUCUGGCGAAGAGAGCAUCUAACAAUGGCCAUGCUGUCGAUCUGUUUGCUGGUUGCUUAGACCAAGUCGGCUUGCUUGAGAUGAAGUCCCUACCAAAUUCGACGAACGGUGUCAUUGUCCUGUCGGAUUCAUUCGCUACGUCCAUCUUCAAGCAGAGCUUCCUGCGCAUAUUCAAUAAGGACGACCAGGACUUCUUGCAGAUGGGCUUCAAUGCGACGUUCGACGUUCAGACAACCAAGGAACUGAAGGUCUCCGGCCUUAUCGGACAUGCCAUCUCAGCCGGAAAGAAAUCUGCAUGCGUUGGCGAGACCGAGAUUGGUAUCGGCCAGACCUCAGCAUGGAGAAUCAACUCCAUCACGCCUCGGACAUCUGCUGCCAUUUACUUCGAGGUAGUUACUCCAGCGGGCCAGGCUCUGUCUCCCGGGUCAAGGGGUCUUAUCCAAUUUGUCACGCAUUAUCAACACUCGUCUGGGCAGAUGCGCCUGCGUGUCACGACGAUCGCUCGAAACUUCGCAGAAGCAAACUCACCGAGCAUCGCUUCUUCAUUUGACCAAGAAGCCGCGGCUGUCCUUAUGGCAAGGAUUGCGGUAUUCAAGGCCGAAAUCGACGACUCGCCAGACGUCCUGCGCUGGCUCGACCGCAUGCUUAUCCGUCUCUGUCAGAAGUUUGCAGACUACAGAAAGGAGGACCCUGUCAGCUUUAGACUGACGGACAACUUCAGCAUUUAUCCACAGUUUAUGUUCCAUCUACGGAGAAGCCAGUUCUUGCAGGUGUUCAACAACAGUCCCGACGAGACUGCAUUCUACAGACAUAUUCUCAACGAAGAAGACGUCAACAACUCGUUGAUCAUGAUCCAACCUACCCUUAUGUCGUACACGUUUGAUGUCGAGCCCCAGCCCGUCUUGCUGGACAGCGUCUCUAUCAAACCUGACGUGAUUCUCCUCCUGGACACCUUCUUCCACAUCCUCAUUUUCCACGGCGAAACGGUCGCCCAAUGGAGAAAGGCAGGUUACCAAGACCAAGAUGGGUACGAAAAUUUCAAAGAGCUAUUAGAGAACCCUGUCACCGAUGCUCAGGACUUACUUGUCGACCGCUUCCCCAUACCACGAUAUAUCGUCUGCGACCAGGGUGGCAGUCAAGCUCGAUUCCUGCUAUCGAAACUCAAUCCAUCGACGACUCACAUGUCGACAUCGAUGUAUGGCACCGCACAAGCUGCGGGCGCUGGACAGGCGAUCUUCACCGACGACGUCAGCUUGCAGGUCUUCAUGGAGCACUUGAAACGCCUGGCUGUUGGCGCACAGACAAACUAGGUUGCUGUCUGUUUAGAUAUGGUUUUGUGCACUGGACGCUGUUCAGUUUUUGCGUUCGAGUUGUUGGUCUUUCGAUUAUAGUAUUGUCGGUAGUUUAUCGUAAAUUGUACAUUUUUCGAAAGCUUUCCCGCAUGAAUAGCAUCGCGUCUCGAUACUA